UAAAAACAUUUUACUUUCACAUUGAUGCUAGGAAACAAGAUGUUUUGCACAGGAGUUCUGGACGUUGUUUAAUUGAUCAAAAAUAUCCAGGUUACUGACAAAUCAGUGAUAAUAACAGUGGAGGGAAACAUCCUGAAGGAAGUUAGAGACAUCAGGAGGCAUUUGGCGGAGCGCGGCCGUGAUGAGGCUGAAUCUGUGGCUUCUGGCCGUCUGCCUGCUGUCACUGACUCGCAUCACUGCGGGAUCCAUUUUGGGUGCAGCUGUCAAUAUUGAAUUGCUUGAUCAGGACAGAUCACAGCAGGUCAGGGCUCAUUACAGUCUGGUGUCCAGCUUGCCCUGUCCAGCGCUGGAUGAGCUGUGUAAUGAAGUGAACUGCAUCGAUCAGCUCAGCUCGUCUCCGGUGAAAGGAGUUUUACCUUCACCAGGCUGGUGCCUCCGGCAGUGGCAGAAAAACAUCCCCCAAAACCACACCUCUACUCUUCAGCUCGGGUCUGAUGGAGCUGUUUCACUAUAUUCAAGAGCAGAUCUCUCUGUCAGAUCGGACACUAACGGUAUUAACCAGCCUCCAUAUGUGUCGCUACCUCCUCCAGUCAGGUUACAAGCUGGCUGUCCUCAAGAAAUCCCAGUGAAUGUGAUGGAUUUGGAUGGAGAUGAGAUUCGCUGUCGUUAUGAGAAGACUGGCCUUGGUGAAUUUAUGCAGCUUAAUGAAGAGACGUGUACACUGUUGUAUGAAGGUGGAGCAUAUUUGGGUCAGUAUUCAAUACAGAUCAUGGUGGAGGAUUUUCCUUCAUCUGUAAAGAACCAGAUCCACAACGAGGCAAAGCCUUUCUCCACUGUAUCUGUGCAUCUCUUAAUAACAGUUGAAAGUGGAUCAAGCUGCUCCGCUGUGCCAAAGUUCACAGGUGAAAGUCCAGCAGGGGGCGUUGUGAUCCACGUCCUACCCUUUGAAGAAGUCCAUGUCGACAUUACUGUUGACUCAAGUGUGUCUGAAAUAGCUGUGAUUGGCCCACCGGGACUCUUCAUAUCACCAAUGGAAACAGGCAUGAAUUCGCAGAGCUCUGUCACACUGUCCUGGGUCAGAGGUCCUAAUCAGUUUGCCCAUUUGCUGUCCAUUUGUUUUGCUGCAAAUACUCAAAGCCUGCAGUCUCACAUCAGGUGUAUGUGGCUGAAACAAACACAAACAGACCCUUUGCCACCAGGAACAGAGUUGAAAUGUAAGGAGCGAGAGCUUCAGAUGUCUCUAGUGCUUCCCACUUCCUUCCUGGAGAAUCUUCAUCUCUCUGACCUCCAGCUGAAUGAUCCGGCCUGCCCAGUGUUUUACAACGCAACCCAUGUGACCACCACCUUCUCUCUGACGGGAUGUGGAACCAAGAGAAUGCAUUUAGGUUCAGAAUUGCUGUACACCAACACUUUACGCAGCAUCAAUCCCAACUCCACUAUAAGCCGUGUUGCCACUCUCAUUCUCCCACUCGCCUGCCGGAUUCCCGGCCAAAAAGCCAAAGGUCCAACAUUUAAAAUCUCCAUGCCUGAAGAAGUGGAGACGUUUGGUGCAGUGUCCUUCUGGAUUGAGUUCCAUCUCCCCGGAGAGGGCCCUCUGGCUGCCGAGACGCGUCUGCCACGCAUGCGCAGUUCGCAGCCGGUGCGUGCGGCUCGAGAGAUACGUGCUACGGGCAGGAUGGAUAUACUGGACCUGCAUGUGUUUUCCAACUGCUCACUGGACCGUGCUGAGCUCAUGGUGGGCCGCUGUGUUGAGUCAGAGACAGAAGACUUUGUAAACACACGGCCUCUGCUGAGCCACAGCUGUUCAGCUGGAAAUGGAACCUUGGAGAUCUUGACGUCAACUUCUACUGUUCGGAUUUACCGCUUAUAUCUCGGUUCUCUGGGUAUAAUGGGAGACACUAUGUAUGUUGAGUGUCUAGUGCAGCUUUGUGUUACCACCAAACAAUCCCAGAGAUGUCCUGAUCCAUGUACGGAAACAACAGACAAGACUAUAGUAAACAGCAUUCUGACCCACAACUACACUGUCCGCUCAGGGCCUGUUCCCCUCAUAAAAGCCACAGAAACUAGCACUACAACUGCUAAACCAACCCCAACUGUGAAACCAGUCGCUCAGCCCUCCACUAGCCAGGUCACAACAGCCUCUGCCUCUCACGCUCUGGAUAGAGGUGCAUUCUGGGUAGUUGCUGUGUCAUUAGCUGUGCUGCUUCUUCAGCUCAUGGAGAACUUUGUAGAGCGGUUCAUUGCUGACUAAUCAAAAUCAUCUUAUUUUAUCUUCUUUAUUAACCACCAUUACAAUGUUUCUUUAUAUACCCUUUAAUCAUGGAAAAAGCACAUCUGGGCUGCGUUUCAUACUUCAUACUUUUACUAUCAUUCUCAAAUUUUGGGAAAGCAUCAAGAAACAACACCUCUUCCAAUCUUUUAAUUUUGACCAUCUGUAAUAACAUCAUGUAAUUUCAUAAAAUGAUACAUUUUAUUAACAAGAAUAAAUAAAUCAGAUGUUCAGUAAA